AUGGGGCACCGAAUUGCGGAUUGUCCUGAACCCAAGAAACAAAGGGUGGUAUCAAAUUCUGUUGCAAUCAAGAAUAAACCAAAGGAGAAUAAGCCCAAUGCUCGGGUGUUCGCUAUUACUCAAGAAGAGGUGGACAACGCAAGCGAUGUGGUGGCAGGACUCAGAGUUGAAAUACUUAGUGAACUAUAUAGAGUAGCUAUGCCCACUAAUAAGGCCAUUGAAACUCAUAAGUUGCAUCAAAGUUGUCAGGUCAGUAUUGGUAAUCAUACAUUUGAAGUUGAUCUGAUUCAACUAAACAUGGUUGAGUUCGAUGUCAUUCUUGAAAUUGAUUGGUUGGCCAAGAACCACGCAUUAGUGGAUUGCUACAGGAAGAGCGUCAAACUUCGGACUCCAAGCCAAGAAAAAAUCAUCUACCAUGACAAGGCCAAUGAAAAGAGAUUUCUCCUGCCCACAUCUCAGACUUUGAAAGCCAUGAGGAGUGGUGAUGGAAUCUAUCAGCUAUGA